GAGCAUCGUGCAGUCGGAUGAAAAGCUGGUCAUCAGCGCCUCCUGGGCCAAGGACGACGAUAUCAGCAGGCUCCUGAAAUCUCUGCCCAACUGGAGCAACAUGGCUCAGCCCAAGCAAUUGAGACCCAAGAGGGAGGAGGAGGAAGACUUUAUAAGGGCUGCUUUUGGCAAGGAGUCGGAGGUUCUUAUCGGAAACCUGGGGGAUAAGUUGAUCCCUCAGCAGGAGAUCCUGCGCGACGUGAGCGACCUGAAGGCCUUGGCCAACAUGCACGAGAGCUUGGAGUGGUUGGCUGGACGCACCAAGGCGGCCUUCUCCAGCCUCUCAGCCACCCAGGCCUUCACCUCGGAUGGGGUUAUGAACCUGACAGGUUUCAUUGCAGAAACUCGUAGAAGUGAAAUCAUGAGGACACCAGCAAUAAAGCUGAGGAAUCGCUGGCUCCAUGCGUGGAUGCUGGAGGGUAGAGAGAACUUGGCUGUGCCCUGCGAGCUGAGGUCUGUUAGGAUUGCUAUCAGAAG